ACCUUUUCUCCUCUACAGCGGGAACAGCUGAGCUUUGAGGUCAACACAGAGGGUCUCCCGCCUGAUACAGCCGCCCUCCUCGACCAGAUCAAGCAGGUGGCGGAAGAUGUGCUCUAUCACUGGAGGACCUUCCCGCUACACCUGCCCCCGCCCGUCGCCGUCCAACACGACUCUGCCUCCUCAGGAAACUUCGUAGGCGUUGGUAAUGGAGGAACAGGUCUUGGUACCGGAGGAGGAGGAGGACCAGGAGGAGGAGGAGGAGGAGUUCGAGCCAAGCCUCUAGUACUGAGAGAUGUGUUCGUCGUCCCCUCCUUCGACGAGCUGGAUGCCGUGGCUGUUGACUCAAAGGGUGAUCCACGCCGCUUGUCCAAUCACCAUCUUCACUCCAUCCGUGAGAAAGGGUUGCAUCGGGACAGUCAAGGGAAGCGCCGCCGCCUCAACGAUUACCAACUGGAAACUCUGCGACGCUCCGGAGAGUUUGAGGUCGAGUCACUACACUUCCCAGGUCAGACCCACCGCUGGCAAGUGUCUGGGUGGCUCCAGAAGGGGUGUGAGAGAGCCCAUAACUCACUGCUGGAUGAUAUUGCUCUAGCUCUCUCCCUCAUUGUUGUUACCGCCAAGAACAGAUUGUCAUCCCCUCUGUUCUCACUCUCCCACUCGCUGCAGUCAGUAUGGCAGGGAAUCCUUAUGCUUGUGGAUCUGGCUGUGGGUGUACCAUGGGUUCAAGCACAUAAUUUAGAGGCACGGAUGAAGGAGGAGCGAUGCAGCUACCUGGUGCAGGAGUUGACGUGUCAGGAUGGUGACGUUGAGGGCCUGUGUUCAUGGAUGGUGCAGCAGAUCAAGCGAGCCACAAGAGAAAAGUUUCAGUUGACGGACGAGAAGCAGCCACCGGUGCCGUACAUCUUCACCACUCCUCAGGGGCUGGAGCUGGAUCUCCGACUCUUUAACAGGGAGCUGAUGAAGAAGGCACUGCCGGUGCUGGUGAGCAUACUGGAGAAGGAAGCUCGGGGCUGGUUCCUCCACUUCAGAGAGAAAGUUAUUGCUGAUCUCAAGGCACAAAAUCUCAGUGAUUAUGAGGUUGAGAAGGAAGGAAACCGUCUAGUGCAGGAAGAGUACCUGGGUCGUGUGUACACAGCCAUCCUAGCACACCCGUCCCUUCAGGACCUUGGCCACUCUGUGCCGUUACUACUUAUCAAUCACGCCAAGGCAGUUUUGCUGAUGCACAGAGCCCUUGAUGAAGUAGAGAGAAUAUAUGAGGAAGGUGAACGAUCUAGGCGGGAGGAGCUCAAGCACACACAUUCCAUAUUUUCCCGUAUCGAUCCCUGGCUGGCCGACCAGUUGAGUGCUACUCACGACACCUUGAUGGAGCAACACAAGUGGCGGCCACAUGAUCACGCUCUGGCACUGUGUCGACAGCACGACCUCCAGCAACAUGCUUACUUCCUUCAGAGAGAUCUUUCCUUUAUGAGAGAGAGAGAACCAGUCCUGAUGAACGAGUUGAAGAACCUGAAAGUUGCCAUGCGAGUGUUCCAGUGGCGAGCUCAAGUUUGGUUUCCUGGUAACUACAUAGUCAGCCGCAGCUUUCAGGGCGAGAGUGAAAUAAUUCCAACAGUACUGGCCUCUUCACCCACGUGUAUCACCACACCACGUACAGACCCAAGCCAUCCUGUGUACUUGUUAGAGAAGCAGUUAAUUAGAACAACUUCUACUCGUUGGCCUUUCUGGCGCUGGUUCAACUUCCUUCAUAGAUCCUGGGCCUGGACGUCUAAUGCUCUCUUCUUCUUCGGGGUUUGGUUGCCUCUGUGUUCUCCAGUCAGCUUAAGAGCACUCUUGUACCGUGAUCCCUUCAUGUCAGACUUUGAAUUGUCACAGGUAAAUGGAACAGUGUGCCCAAGUAAAGCUUCACUGAGACCUACCUUGGCCUCUCGACUGCACACUCUCUGGCGACACAUUUCUAAAUCUCGUACACAUUUUGAGACUACUCCUGACACGGGAUUUAUCGGCAAAGGAGUGACUCGGCACAUGAAUCGCGCUUGGAAUUAUGUCAUGAAAGGCAUCGUGGGAACAUUACUACUCACAACUGUGUUCCCGUUAACUUGCUUGUUGGUGUCCUUGGGGUCCAUGGCUAUUGCUGUCGCUGCUCCUCUUUGGGUGCCUGCUUGUGUCCUCCUCUCUCACAUAGUUUGUGUAUUUCUCUAUGAUCUGGAUUCUCCAACUGGCAUGAGAAAAUGGAGUCCAAUACUUCAAGCAAUAGGACUUCAUCUUAUUGUUUUGGGAGUGUUGCAGGCCAUAUUUUCUUUUCUCACAGCAACCCUCAUGUGUCCAAUUCUAGCUGCUGUUGUUCUAGUGUAUGGAUUAAUACGGCGUGGGUUAAGACACAUGUGGGAUGCAGUCAUGUUCCAUGCAGUUAUUAAAAAGCGUGGCCGUAUCCCAGCCUCUGACAGCUUCCUUGUGAAGCGUAUUGCUGGUCCUGGCUUACAUAAUAACUUCUAUUAUCAGAUAAGCUGUGAACAAGCAUUAGCAUCAUUUGAGUCACGGCUGGAAAUGGACGAGUUGGCUGUGUAUCAACGUGAGAUGGAAGCAAUUAUUCACAAACCACUUUGUGUUUACACGGAUUUUGUGCAGCGUUGUUUUGGUCCCUUUAGUGGAGUCAUUGGUAAAACUGGCAACUAUGACAGGGUGGAGAAAGAAGUGCGUGACUUAAUCCUCACGUUGCAAGAAAAAAUAGACAGACGGAGGAGAGACCUGGCCCUGGGGCUACCCAUCAGUGUCAGAUCAAAAAUCAAAUUAACAACGAGGGAAUUGAAGCUGGCCCUGAAGCAAGCCACCGUCAUGCUGGAAGACUUCUAUCCCUCCCACGUGCUGAAUCGGAUCAUUGACCAGCAGGGAACUGAACCUUCUGACGGCGAGGUGGGGACAGUUAUGAACCGUCUUGAAGCAAUACACGGAAGUAAUGCACCUGUGUCAAAACAUGUUGGAAUUUUAGAAAGAGGCGCUGUGAUAAGUGGAACAAGAAGAGGUGGGCCGAUAGAACCAAAGUUUGCAACAGUUGAAGAAUGGUGGGACAGCAAAGGACUUGCUCUUGGUGACUAUGGUGGUUUAGCUUCAUUAAUAUUCACAGAAAUCUUUAGUUCAGAUUUCUUGACACCAAUGGAAGAAUCAGAUACCAGUUUCCAGAUGGAGGUACACGGAGUUAGCUUGUCUCGAUACACAGAGAUGACGCGCUGUAUGCCAGAUAGACCGGACUUAGAUGAAAAAUUAACUGUUCAUACGCCUCGUGGUAAUAUCCAGGUUCAUGCUCCAUACCUAGAUUUAGCUUCCUUCACACCACUUGUCCGGCACGGUGUACCCACACACCGCACGGGCAAGACCAGCCUAGCUGCCAGACUCUCACUAAGGCUCAACCCUGGACGAAGAAUGGUGUGCGGAAGUCGUGUGCCAGAGAAGCUGCUGAUCCCCCCACCCAUUCCCCACCCCGCCCACAUUGCUGUAAUCAUCCACAAUCGUGAGGCCUCUGAACCCAUCCCCCUUGAUGCUCCACUGACCUUACAGGUUAUUCGCACCAUCGAAGAUUCUCCCCAUGUUAUUGCGGCUCUCACCUCCCUCGGGGAUGAGGAGACACCAGUUUCUGACUCCCGUUCCUCCUCCCUCUCGCACGACCGCUCAUUGUAUGAUGAUCCCUCUCUCUAUGACGGGCCGUACAGCAGUGCCUCGCGAUCAGGCACAGCAGACAGAAGGGGUACUCGUUGCUCGCUUGGGCGUUCUCGCACUGCCACGCUGGAGAUGACGGCAACUUUAGACCGCAUUGCAACAAUGGAACAACGCACAAACAUGAAUGAAUAUAAUAGGUCUAGCACCUUAGAAUUAACCCCAACAAGAAUGGCUCAAAGGUUGGCUACACCACUUCGAUCUCUACUCGAGGGACAACGACCAUUCACGGUCUCCCUGAACUUAGCGUCUGCUGAAGAUGUUAGUCUGGAAGUGGAAGAGGAAGACGAACAGCCCAUUCCUCUUCAGCCCCUCACUCACUCUACUUAUACAACAGCUGUGUGAUGAUAAGCAGGAGGGGUAUUAAAUGUCCCUCCAGAUAUUUGCAAACUUUAUAUGUAAAUCCAGAUAUUAAACAAAACAGUUUCUUCUUGACUGUAAAUGUGUUAAAUGUCCUUUGCUGCCCUUUAGGAUGGUAGAGGAGUACUUGUUUCACUCCACUCACAAACCUUCUUCAUGUUAUAAUAUUUCAGGAGAAACAGGACCUGAAUUCCUUAUCAACCCUGAAUCCCUGAUCCCAAAACCCUACUACCAGAGGUUAAUGAGUCAGGGGUGAAUUAAUCCUUCCCUUUGUUCUCUGGGCACACACCUGGUGUAUCCUACUGCUGCUGCAACAACAAGUUGAGAGUAAAGUUGUUACUUGGCAAACAAUUUAACUUCUUCAUAUCAUUUCUUAUGAAUAUUUCAAGCAUAGGGUAUUAAAAGAGAGGUUGUGCUAAUGGAAGGACAUUACCCGAGUGUUCUGCAGUUCAGAUGUAGGUUAUGGGAGGCACUGGAAGGUUAUAUUACUUGGUAUGCAAAAGAUGCAUACAGUAUUGUAAAUAAGUGCUCAGUACAGUAUGGUUACUGUUGGUACCAAUGGUUAAAGUGUUAGCUUACAGAACUCUGUAUGUAUUUUAUGGUUGUGUGGCAUAAAUUGUGGUAACUUAUGGCAAUAUUUUCAGUCUUAAAAUUUUUAAAAUUUAAUUCUAAACUGAAGCGUCUCAUCUGAUGUAGACAAAUUUGUUGAUCUCUCGUGAUACACUCCGAAAUAAUUAUACAGUAAUUAUUUCACACAAUUCAAUAAUUAGCACACCUUCAUCUGUAGGGCAAGAUGUUGCUUGUGCUAAUGUGUUAUGUUAAUUAAUAGGACAUCACUUGUAUGUCAAACAGCACUCUGCAUCUGGUUGGGUAAUAUGUAUGUAAGAAUAUAACCGUCUGUGAUCACACUAUGACAAAUUUUCAGUAAAAUUGUAUACUUUGUAAAAGAUGGAAUUCAUAAAGAUUCAUAUUUGACAUUAUUCACAUAUCUUUAUCAUGUUACAUUGACUACAAAGAACAUGCAUCAUGAAAUAACAAUUUAAUAAUGCUGUGUGAACGUUUUUCUGGCCUAUUCAAUUGGGUACAUUUAUUCUCUCUUUCAGUAACUUCUACUUCAAGGAAUAAGUAGAUUUGAAUUGUGAUAACAGGAUUGAUAGAGAUAUUGUGUGAUGGAAUACACAAUACAAUAAUGUACUUUCCUUUACUUCAGACAUGCAAGUUAAUCCCCAACACAAAGAUGUGAUGUGAUGAAACUUUUAAUUCUCAUUUUGACUGAACCUUCCACAACAACUUUUGUUUUCUCACUUUGUGGUUCGCUUUUUUUUAUUUAUUUAUUUAUUUGCUUCUUGGUAAACAAAAAUAGUUUCAUGGAUGUCAGGUGUAAUUGGUAGUGUAUUACAGUGGAGUUGUGAUAAUUCAUGGGAUAGUUACCAGAGAACUUUGUGAAUUAUUAUUUAAUUGAUUUAAAUAAACUGUUCCAAAAUUGGUUUAAUAAUACAUAAUACUGUACUGUUCAUAAAAUAAUACAAUAACACAAAUUUUGUACAAAAAGUAGAUCCAUAUUACAUAAACAGCUCCCUCUUGUCUCAUAAUUUGCUACGGGUUAUGCCACUUACACUAACAGGCGCUGGGCUGGCUGUGUCUGUGCUAUGUAAACAAAGAACAAGGAAUUUAACACCACACAUUAAUUAUCUGCAGUUGAGUUGGGGAUUUUUUUCAGGAUAAUUUAUUACUUUAUGAUAAUGUUUUAUUAAUCCUCUCGUGCAUUAAAAUGCAAAUCCCAUCAAAUCAUUGGGUAUCAGUAUUUGCAUCAGUGAUACAAAUUGUGUCAUUAAACUUUAAAAAUUUCACCCAAGAAAGGGUUUUCAAAAUAAUUACGUAAAAUUUUCAUACGUCAUAGAUGAUUACAUGAUCUUGCAGGGGAAGCUUCCAGAAAGUACCAAAGCCUUGGUUUCUUCUCCCUCCCUCCCCACAAUUAAUCAAAUGAAAAAUCCAAACCCACUGUUGGAGAGCUCAUAAAAUCAGCUUCUAUUGUUGUAUACAGUACAGUAACACUGUACCUACCUCCUACAUCUUACACAAAAUUUAUUCCCACGUUUCACUUUUUAUAUUACUGUAUAUUCUCUUUAUUUUUAAGUCAUAUCAACGCAUUGAAAUUAUAUUUAUAUUAUAUUUUAUCGCGACUCCACUGUACCGUUGUUAUGGCUUUCUUGUGAUAAAUUGAAGUGCCAUUAAAUAGUUAAUUUUUAAUUUUUUAUGUUUUAUUAAACUAAAGAAAAAAUGGCAGUAUAAUGACUUGUGAUAAUGGGGUCACUUAAUGAAUAUAGAUAUGUGUUAGUCCAGCACUUACUGAGAUUUGGUAUCACUAUCAAGUGUUGGCAUAUUAUUAUAAUCUUAUGACAGUUAAAAUAAAGAUGUGAGAGAUUAUCUUUAAGUUCCUAUGGGUGUCACAGAGGAUAUGAGGGUUUUCCUAAGUCUUUUAAACGUCUGAGAUAAAUGAGGGACGAAGAACAUUGUCCAAUCAACCUUUACCUGUGUGGGUCGUGUGGUGUACAAGAGAAGACUGGAAGACUGACCAUAGGUUUUGAAGCCUUGACUAUUAGUUUUGUUUCCAAGUGGUAUAAUCCUUCUGAGUUAAGGUAUAUGUGUGGGUAGGACGACGCUCAACACGGCUGUCUGUGUUGGUAUCUGAUUGUGUACUUUUGUUUUGUGAAAAAGUAUAUGGUUGAAGUAGAAAAUGUGAGGUUCUACCUCUUUAUUUUGUCAGGGAGAAAACAGUUUGGUUUGUUUAUAACUGGGGCUGUAUGUUGUACAUUUCUGUGAUUUAUAUUUGUGAAUCUCCUAAUAGUGUAUUUUAGGUAUUACUUCAUGCUUGUGUUGUUGGAAUUUGCUCUCUUUUGAUAGUAGUAUCAUUGGAACCAUUCUUGUAUUUAAUAUGCUUCAUUGUACAGUAUUUGACAGAUGAUAUGACAUAAUGACAUUCAUUUGUUUAGCAUGCAAUCAGGAGCCAUUACCAUAACCAUUUAGAGUAUUCAACCAUACUAUUAGAUUUCAUUACUCAUUUCAUGCAUCAUAUGGUUACUGUAGGUUUUAGAAAUGUAAGAUUGAUAAUACAGUAAAACUGUUUGUAAGAUAAUUGGCAGUCAAGUGUAUUCUCAGUUGCUAGAUUUUGUAAUAAUUCCAUUACUUUUAUUGAUGACGCUCUUUUUUAGUUACCCUUCUAGCAUCGUGUCUGUUUUUUAAAUUACUGGGGUUGUCUGAAAAUGCUUAUGAUGACUUUAUUUAUGAUGAUAUGCAUGAAAAUGUAAUCAAACAGCUUGCAGCGGACAGUCUCUUGUUGAUGAGUGGUGAACUGCACUCUUGUUUCAAGUGUGUACUCUGAGGAGACUUUCUCAAAUAUUGAAUUUUUUUCAUUUAAUUUUAAAACUAAAUCAGCAUAAUCAUGAAUAGGACAUGAGAGUAAAUGAGUGUGUGUACAGUGUACAUAAAACUGUGUGCCCAUUUGUAAAUUUUGUAACAUUUUUUUUCUUCUUUGAACCUGAUAUCUUGCCAAAUAUAAAUAUAGAACAUGAAAAA